AUGUUCUCUGGGUCCAACUCGUACUUAGGGGGUGGGAACAGCGCCCGACCUGGGCAGCAGCCCCAGUAUGGCCAACAGCAAUCGUUCCAACAGCCCGGCGGCUUCCAGGGUGCACUUGGGCCUCAGCCGACUGGAUUUGCUGGGAGCCAGCUGCAGCCGCAGUUUACUGGCUAUCCUGGCCAGCCGGGCUUCCAGCAGCAGCAGCAGCAGCAACCCCAGUUUACGGGCUAUCCGGGGCAGCAGGGGCAGCAAUUCCAGCAAGCUCCGCAACAACAGCCCUUUCACACUGGCGCGCCACCUGCACAGCAAGCUCCUCCUCCCCAGCCGCAGCGACCGCAGCCCACGGGCAUGACCUCGUCACAGAUGGCCGAUUCGUUCAGAGCUCCGGGCGCGCCACAGCAAGCCCCGCCUCCGGUCCCUGCGAAGUCGAGCAAGAUCCCGAACAUCAGACUGUCUUUUAUAACGGUGCAAGACCAGGCCAAGUUCGAGCAGCUGUUUAAAUCGGCCGUGGGAAACGCGCAAGCUCUGUCGGGAGACCAAGCCCGCGAUUUGUUGAUGCGGUCGAAGCUUCCAGGAGACGCUCUUUCGCACAUCUGGACUCUCUCCGAUACCACCAAGUCGGGCCAGCUUCUCUUCCCCGAAUUCGCCCUCGCUAUGUACUUGUGUAAUUUGAAGUUGACAGGCAAGGAUCUCCCAAACUCUUUGCCGGAACGUGUCAAGAAUGAGGUAUCGAGCAUGGUGGACAUCAUCUCAUUUGGCGUGGUGGACGAGCAGCCCGGUCGCUCGACUACUACGAGCAAUGCGCCCAAGUUCGACGAGCCGUUGAACCAGAGCUCUCAGAACGUACCCACAAUCCAGCAGCCACAGCCACAACAGUCCAACAGCCAGCUCUUGACUUCGUUUGUGUCUCAGCCGACCGGAUUCAGUGGGCCUCAGGGAGGUCUACAAGCUCAGGCGACAGGUUUUGGGCAGAACCUCGGAGGUGGAUACACAGGUCCUCGCCCACCCAUGCCCCCAAUGCCUACAGGUUUUGGCGGAGGGCUGAACCCGCAACCAACGGGCUUAGCCCCUCAGCCGACAGGGUUUGCUCCCUUAAAUGCACAGCCUACAGGAGCUCCGGGUCAAUGGGGCCUGGUCAACAAUCCUACUACAGGCUUGCCAAACAUCGAAGCACUUGCCCAGCGGAUGAUGCCGCAGACGGGCCGUGAAGCGAGCAACAGUUACACCACCACUGGCCUUAGUGGCAAUGCGACCAUCCCAUGGGCUAUCACGAAGGGCGAGAAGAAGCUCUAUGAUGAUACUUUUAGGGCUUGGGACGGCCUCAGUAAGGGCUAUAUUAGUGGCGAGCAGGCGCUUGAGAUCUUCGGUCAAAGUGGACUUGCUAAACCCGACUUGGAGCGUAUUUGGACGCUGGCUGACUCCGCUGAUCGCGGUCGCCUAAACCUAGAUGAGUUUGCUGUUGCCAUGCAUCUGAUUUACCGGAAACUUAACGGAUAUCCCGUACCCAACCGUCUGCCUCCGGAACUGAUACCACCCUCAACCCGUAAUAUAAACGCUUCUAUUGGCGCUAUGAAGUCGCUGCUUUCUCGCGAUGCAGAAGAAAGGAAGAAUACUGGCGCUUUUCUACAACCCCAAAAGACUGGUGUGAGCUACCUGAAAUCUCACUCCUUCCGAGCUGGAAGCCCAGCUACAGGCGGUCGCAAGGAUGCCACUGUCUUCCGUAAUAAUGAUGACAACAUGGGAUAUCGUUCCAGUGCACGACACCGUGUCGGUGCUGGUGGUCGCUCUCCUUCCCCAGCCACGCCAUCUUCACCCGGUUCGGAGCGUUCAGAUCCAGAAUACUCCCUAGAUCAACUCAGGAAGCUAGUGAGGGAGAAGCAAAUUCUCUUAGAUGCGAUCGAUAUCCGCGACGAGAAUGCAACCGAUGAGGAUGAUGCGCUCGACCGUAGGGAUCGACGAGAAGCAGAUGACUUGUAUCGUCGCAUUCGCAGGGUUCAGGAAGAUAUUGACGCACACCCGCAAGCCGCCCUUAGGGGGAAUGAUUCCGACGCUGAGCGCCGUGCUCUCAAGCGCCAGCUUCAAAACUUGACUGAUCGCUUACCUGAGCUCGCUUCGAACGUACGUCGGACGGAGCGUGAAAUUGCAGAUGCUCAGUUGGAGCUCUUCAGGCUCAAAGACGCGAAAGCGCAUCCUGGUUCCGUGUCGGCUAUUGUUGGCACUGGUCCAGGUGGCUCGGUCACUGAAUCAGAUCGGUUGAAAGCUCGUGCCAAAGCUAUGAUGCAAGCACGCUCUGCCGCUCUUACCGGCAAGCCUGUGCCGACUACUGGAGACGACACAGGUGCGGCUGCCGAGCGCUUGGAGAAAGAGAGCUCCCGAGUCCGAUCUGAGCGUGAAAACAACGAGCGAAUGAUUCGCGAUGUAGAGGACAGCGUCAGGGAGUACACCAAAGGGUUGGAAGCUAGCCUCAAGGAGGGAGGACAUGACAACACUAGCGAACAUGAACGUCGCCGUUGGGAAGAUGCGUUGGGUGUAGAGGAUGAGGUGAAGGAUUUCAUUUUCGAUCUUCAACGAAGCAGUCGUUCCGCGCGUGUUAGAAAAGAGGAAACCCCCCGUCACCAGACGACUUCACGCGGCGAAGAGAAUAGAGAGACUACAUCGGCCUCUCGCUACGAGAGCCCAGCACGCAGUGCUGAGCCGACUCCCCGACCAUCUUCGACCACAUCUGGUGGCGGUUCAUACUCAUCGUACAAAACGCCUGAAGAACGUGCGGCAUUCAUCAAACAACAAGCUGAGGCGCGCAUGGCCGAAAGAUUGGCUGCUCUUGGAUUACGCCCUCCAGUCAAGGGAGGAGAAAGCGCACAGCAACGCCAGGAGCGGGAGAAGCAAGAAAUGGAAGAGAAACGCCGCAAAGCUGAAGAGGAAGAUGCGAAGCGCGAAGAAGAACGACAGAAACGCCUGCAGGACGAGUCGAUUGCGCCGCCAGUUGCGGCGAAGGUUAGCGGCAAGAAACCCCCGCCGCCGCCUGCGUCAAGAAAACAAAAGUCUGACCAGCAUGAAGCCGAGGUCAAGAGGGUCGAGCAUGACAUGGCUGAAAAAGCUCUGCGUGAGCAACAGGACGCUGAGGAGGCGGAGCGCAAACGCAUGGAGGAAGAGGAGCGCCGGCAAGAGAACGAAUUGGCCCAGCAAGAAGAGGAGGCUGAAGCCAGACUACGCGCAAUGCAAGAACAAGUCGAGCAAGGCAAGCUCAAGAAGGCGGAGCAGAAGAAGCAGAAAGAGGCCGCCAAACGUGAAGCCAAGGAAAAGGAAGCACAGCUUGUAGCACAGCGUCGCAAGCUGGAAGAAAUUCGGGAACGUGAGCGCCAAUUGCAACUGCAACUGCAGAACCUCGAUGAUGAGGAGUCUUCGUCGGAUGAUGAAGGCCCUCAAAACAUCACCCCCAAUGACACCACACCGACCGCCAGUCAAGAGCUUCACCGCGACACUGCUUCACCGUCGGCGCCACCACCAGCUCCUCCGAUGCCACAGAUAGUUCCGCCGGUACCGCAACAAACGAGCACCCCGCCCUCUUCUAUGGCUAGCCCGCCAACGUCGUCACUGACAAGCCCUCACCCUGCACAUGGUGACAGCGAGACGAAGAACCCUUUCUUGAAGAAGAUGCAGUUGUCUAGUCAAGAUAACCACGCCUCGACGCCUCCACCUCUCCCUAGCAACACCAGCGAAGUGUCUACGAACCCAUUCCAUCGUUUGACCCAGGAGAAUGCUAACAAGGCGGCGUUCAGCGAUCCCACUGCUCCCGCACGCACGCGCGGUCGCCAAGAGGAGGAUGAUUGGUCUGUCGUCGACUCUGAUGAUUCCUCCGACGAUGAAGAUGAAGCGCCGCAGGGAGGCGCCAAGCAGCUGGCUUCGCUGCUUUUCGGCACUAUGGCGCCUCCACGCCCACUCUCUUCGAUGGACAACAAAAGUGACCGCGCAGAAAGCCCGGCAGUAACUUCGCCUGCCGGUAUCCCGCCACCUCCGCCUAUGCCAACUGGAGGACCGCCUCCGCCGCCUGGUAUGCCGCCGGUGCGGCCUCCGGCUGGCGCGGCCGAUCGAGGUGCCUUGCUGGGUCAAAUCCAGGCGGGCAAAGGCUUAAGGAAGGUUGAGACGAAGGACAGGAGCCAGGCACCUACAGCCGGCAAAGUCUUGUAG